UCCUGCGUUUCUGAACAGGCGUGUGGUAGGAAAGCUCAGAGCGGCAAGGUCUUCGCUCCACGCCUGCGCAGUCAAGUAACAAAUAUGGCUGCCAGCCGGCUGGCUUCGGGAACGGCAGCCGCUUUUGCUGGGCUGCGCAGGCGCACUACAGAUCACAACCCAUCCGUGCCUUCCCGUCUUUCACGACUCUUGCUCUUCUCCUCCCCGAGAAUGUCAAUGCAUAUAAUUCAGCUACCCAGCAACGGGUCCAGUUGUUCAGGUCAUUGCACAAGGAUCUCACGAUUUUGUAACAUAAAGCUAAGUACGAACAAUACUAGGAAGCAGCCUCUGCAUCAAUUUGUACAAAGACAACUUUUGCCUCCAUUCACAGCAUUAUAUAACACAGCGCGAUGCAUGUUUAUUCAAACGCAGGAUACUCCCAACCCAAACAGUUUGAAGUUUAUUCCAGGAAAACCAGUGCUGGUAUCACAGACCAUGGAUUUUCCUACACCAGCUACAGCAUUCCGCUCCCCUCUGGCUAGACAGUUAUUCAGGAUUGAAGGAGUGAAAAGUGUCUUCUUUGGACCAGAUUUCAUCACAGUCACAAAGGAGAGUGAAGACUUAGAUUGGAACUUAUUGAAACCAGACAUCUAUGCAACAAUAAUGGAUUUCUUUGCGUCUGGUUUGCCCCUGGUUAAUGAAGAAGCACUUUCUGCAGAUGCAGCAACUGAAGAGGAUGAUGAAGUUGUAGCAAUGAUUAAAGAAUUGUUGGAUACGAGGAUAAGGCCAACUGUGCAGGAGGAUGGGGGUGACGUGAUCUACAAAGGCUUUGAAGAUGGCAUUGUACAGCUGAAACUGCAGGGUUCCUGUACCAGCUGUCCCAGCUCCAUCAUCACUCUGAAAAAUGGAAUCCAAAACAUGCUACAGUUCUAUAUUCCAGAAGUAGAAGGUGUGGAGCAGGUUGUAGAUGAUGAACUAGAAGAAAAAGAUGCAAACUCACCCUGAAAACCUGUAAUUUCCUUGAGAUGAAUAGCAUGGACUUCUGAAGAAAUUUGUUGAGGAUUAAUAAAAGAUGUCAUUUUCUUCAAAGAACUAUAAUUAAAUGUGGCGAUUAUUUUUCUUUGUA